CCGAUUUCCGGGUAUACCGAUGAUUUCUUGCCAGAUAACGUUGAUACAUGUUCCAUACUUUGUAGCUAAAAUUAUUUUCACUUGACAUAAAACGGGCACAAAUCUUGAUCUACAAGAGCAGUAGUAAUAGCUAAUACUUUAGAAUGUCAGACGACAAAGAGGUAACCGCUGUUAAGGAUAUUGGAACCGUUAGUCACAACGGUCCCAUGACUCCUGAUUCUGACUACGAUGACUAUCUGGGAAUUCCUGAUUCAUUCAAACUGUCGUUGGACCAGCACCAGAAUGCUGCUGUACUGCAAACCCAGGAAGGAGAAGCAGAGCCUGAUAACAGAGGCCCCGUAUCCUUCAAGAAGUUCUCGACAAUUCACACCCCAGCAGUGAAAUUCAACAGUCAAGAUCGCAAUGUAUUCAUCCCUGGGGUUAAAAUAGAAGUAAAAAUCAUUGACAACGAACGCAGUGUUACAACGCAUCCAUUGAACCCAAAUUUAUACACAAUUCACCUGAAGCAUGGGAUUUUUGACUGGAAGAUAAAGAAACGAUACAAACAUAUACAGAUGCUGCACAAUCAGUUGAAAAUCUACAGAGCUAGUUUAAAUAUCCCUUUUCCAACCAAAAGUCAUAGGGAUAGGAGGAACAGUUAUAAAAAUUAUGAAUCAAUCGGACCAAAAGGCCGAACGAAGGGGGCCUUGCCCAGAUUUCCUAAUAAACCGGAUGGCCUCGUACCCUACGAACAACUGAGCCACAGAAUGCAAGUACUUCAGGAAUACUUCGAGAACCUACUUCAAAUUGAAAUCUAUAAACGUCACCCAGAUACUAUUGCCUUUCUGGAGGUAUCCCACCUUACCUUCAUUGCAGACUUGGGCCUAAACGGAAAAGAAGGAUUGAUCAUGAAGCAAACUGGAUCAGGUUCUAAAACUGGCUGUAAUAUGUGCGGUUUGUUAGAAGGAAUGUGCUGCGUCCGUUGUAGCUACUUUUGCACAUCUAUAUGUGGGACUUGGCAUUCGAGACAUCUUAUUGCAAAAGACACAUUCAUCGCAUAUAUCAGGCCUGCUGAUGGAAGAAUAAAAUCCGUUAUUUUGAUGGAUCAAGGAUUCGAAGUUAGUUCGAGAAUGUAUUCCACAGGCUUGAGAAAUGGCUUGCAGAUAAUGAAUUUGAGCAGGCAGAUAGUUAUCAAAUGUCCUACGAGACGGAAGGCUAAGGAAUGGAUGGAAUUCAUCCAACAGUUAGCCAACGACAAAGGGAAACCCUUUGUACAGAAGAAUCCCCAUAAAUCGUUUGCUCCGUAUCGGCAAGCGACACUGGCAUCUUGGUAUGUCGAUGGAGCCGGAUAUAUGUCUGCUGUAGCCGAUGCCUUGGAGGGAGCAAAAGAAGAAAUAUUUAUCGCAGAUUGGUGGUUGUCCCCAGAAAUCUUUCUGAAAAGACCAGCAAUUGAUGGAGAUCACUGGAGACUGGAUAAAAUUUUGCAACGAAAAGCUAUGGAAGGUGUAAAGGUGUUCAUCCUGAUCUACAAGGAGGUUGAAUUGGCACUGGGUAUAAAUAGUUUCUACAGUAAACAAAAGCUUGUUGAAAAAUGUCCGGAGAACAUAAAAGUCUUGAGACAUCCCGAUCAUGCGAGAGUUGGAGUCUUUCUAUGGGCGCAUCAUGAAAAAAUUGUGGUUGUAGAUCAAUCACUUGCAUUCUUAGGUGGAAUUGACUUGUGUUACGGACGAUGGGACAAUUCCGAACAUAGGCUUACAGAUUUAGGUUCUGUUCAUCAGUCUAGCGUCUAUAUUCCAACAAAAGGCAAAUUGACGAGUACCAGUAGUAGACCGACAAAAAACCUAAAGGGUCAGAAUCACAUUUUGUUACCCUUGGCAGUAGCAGCAAACACUGUAGCUAUGGCUACAGCAAAAUCAUUGCCAGUUUUGCCAACAACGAGUAGCGAAUCUCAGUUGCCGCAAUUAAAACCCGGAGAUCCGUUACUAUUAUCACCUCCUGAUGUGGUAGAUUAUAUGAAAUGUAACACUCCAGAGUCACAGAGAAGAAAUAUUUUCGAUAUGGCGAAAACGACUGUUGACAAAGUGAGGCAUAAUGUUAGGAUAAAGAGGCAGGAGUGGAUAAACAUGGUGUAUAGUCCAAAUGAAGGGAGUAGCGAUGAAGAAGACCAAGUUGACGGGGCAACUUUGGAAACACCAUACGGAGAUGGAGAGGGCAUGACAUGUGAUACUGCUGACAUUGCCUUUGGCUUGUCAGGAGGUGCUAAACUUUGGCUUGGCAAAGAUUAUACAAAUUUUAUAGUAAAAGAUUUUAAUAAUCUUGACAUGCCUUAUCAAGAUCUAGUAGAUAGGUGUACAACCCCUCGAAUGCCCUGGCACGACAUUGGCGUAAUGGUUCAGGGUGCAAGUGCGAGGGAUGUCGCUCGACAUUUUAUACAGAGAUGGAAUGCUGUUAAGCUAGAGAAAGCAAAAUUGAAUGCGAGUUUUCCGUUCCUGUUACCAAAAUCCUACAACGAUUGCAGCAGCAAUAUUCCAUUCAUACAGUCCACUGCUACGUUCAAAGUCAAAUGCCAAGUAUUAAGAUCUGUUAGUUCAUGGUCAGCGGGUUUUCUCGAACCAGACACAUUGGAGCAAAGCAUACACGAGGCUUACAUCGAAGCAAUAAGUACAGCUAAAAGGUACAUUUAUAUAGAGAAUCAGUUCUUUAUAACACUUGCUUCAGUAGAAGGUGAUAUUGUGAAAAAUCGUAUUGGCGAAACGCUGCUGAAGCGAAUAAUACGAGCCCACAGAGAAGGCUCUGUGUUUAGAGUAUUUGUCGUAAUGCCUUUGUUGCCUGGUUUUGAAGGGGAAGUAGGAGGUACGACGGGAACAGCUUUACGUGCUAUAACGCAUUGGAAUUAUGCUUCCAUAUCAAGAGGAAAAGAUGCAAUUCUGGUUCGUUUGCGGGAAGCUGGUAUACCAGAUCCCAGCGAGUAUAUAACAUUUCAUGGCUUGAGAAACCAUUCGAAACUAAAUGGCUCGAUGGUGACAGAACUCAUCUAUGUUCAUAGCAAAUUAAUGAUCGUUGAUGAUUGUACAGUGAUUUGCGGCUCUGCAAACAUUAAUGACAGAAGCAUGGUAGCUACUAGGGACAGCGAAAUUGCAGUUAUAAUUCAUGAUGAAGAAUUUGAUGAUGGGCGAAUGAAUGGCAUGUCAUUUGCAUGUGGUAAAUAUGGAGCCUCCUUGCGCAAACAGCUCUUCAAAGAACAUCUAGGUGUACAAGAUUUCGAAGAAGAAAUCGGUUUGGAGGACCCGGUGAAGAAAUCUUUCUAUCAUGACAUUUGGCGUGCCAGAAGUCAACUAAAUACCGAGAUGUUUGAAAGAGUUUUUAAUUGCAUCCCAUGCGAUACUGCCGUCAACUUUACCGUGCUGAAAUCAUAUCAGGAUGAUACUCCACUUUGCUUGUCUAAUCCAAUUCAAUCUGAGCAAUUAGUGGCUAACAUUAAGGGGCAUCUUGUGAAUCUACCACUGAACUUCUUGUGCAACGAAGUUCUCACCCCUAAUGUUGGCACGGUUGAAGGGAUUAUGCCAACGUCGUUAUGGGUAUAAAGAGUGUGAGUUCUACUUUCAGAUGACUAAAAUGUAAAAAAAUAUAUCCAUGCAUAACAAU